GUGCAUAACAUUAAGACCUUCAUUACUCCUAUAGAAUGGGAAUAUCUACUAUUAGUAAAAUAGUAGAAGAUGUAUGCAGCGAAUUAUGGGGACUUAAAUCUUAAAUUAUGCCUUUGCCGGAUCAGAAAAAAUGUAAAGAAAUUGCUUUGGGUAUUGAAAACGAUGCUAACUUUGUAAAUUGCAUCGGCGCUUUGGACGGAAAACAUAUUCGCUUAAUCAAACCAAUCCAGAGUGGAUCAGAUUUUUAUAAUUACAAACAUUACUAUUCAAUAGUUCUUAUGGCUAUUUGUGAUGCAAAUUAUUGUUUUACUUUUAUUGAUGUGGGAGCUCAAGGAAAGUUUUGUGAUUCAACAGUCUUUAAAAAAACAAAAUUUUACAAAAAACUAGAAGAUAAAGAACUUUUUGUACCACCACCGAAACCCUUACCUUGCCAAUCAAAUCCAUUACCGUUUGUAAUAGUUGCUGAUGAGGCUUUUGGUGUAUCUCAAAGCAUACUUAGACCAUAUGCACGAAGCAAUUUGAAUUACAAAAAAAAAGUAUUCAACUAUCGCUUGUCUCGAGCAAGAAGAUAUAUAGAAUCAACUUUUGGAAUACUUUCUAACAAAUGGCGAAUUUUCCAUAGAUCGAUGAACACAAGCGUAGAACUUUCUAUAAAAAUUGUUAAAGCCUGUUGUAUAUUGCAUAAUUUUGUCAGGAACAGAGAUGGAUUUAGAUUUGAAGACACAUUAAGUAUUAAUGGUUUUGAAAGUCUUAAUGACUCAAUUGAUGUUUAUAAUAGAUCAGGUAAUAUAUUAAGGGACCAGUUUGCCAAUUACUUUAUAAGCGAAGCUGGUAAAGUAGAAUGGCAAGAUAGAAUGAUUCAUUAAUUCGAUAUAAGUAUGUGCUCAAUAAGUUUAUGUUAAAUGUCUUCUUAGUACUACU